AUGUAUGCAUGUGCGUAUGUAUGUGCACGUAUGUAUGCAUGUGCGUGCGUAUGUAUGUGCACGUAUGUAUGCAUGUGCGUAUGUAUGUGCACGUAUGUAUGCAUGUGCGUGCGUAUGUAUGUGCACGUAUGUAUGCAUGUGCACGUAUGUAUGUGUGUGUGUGUGUAUGAUUUCUUACUCAAGACCUUUAUUUUAUUUUAUUUUUUACUUUAGAAGCCAAAACUUACCACUUCCACACAGGAUGGGAGGAGAACUUAAAAAAAAAAAAGUCGGACAUGCCAUGGCUGACUUCAUGCCGGUAAUGUAUCAAAGUUGUUUGUUAUUACUGCCAUCGAGAGGCCAGAAUACAUCAUAUUUUAAUUUCAAUUAAUUUCACAAAAAAAAACACGAUAGAGCGAAGGAGCGAUAAUUGAACAGCCAUAUUGCAUAUUGCAUAUCAUCAAAGCAUUGCAAAAUAAACAGGCACAUAUGCAAUAUAUUUGAAGAACGCAACAACAAAAAAACGGAUACUUGUAAAAUAAACACAGAACAAAACAGAAAUACUCGCUCACAUCACGCUUGUAUCGGUCCGAUACCGAUGCUGCUAUCAAAAACACCUACAUGUGGAUCGAUCCGCCCCCCCUUUACCCUCCUCCUCCUCCUCCUCUUGUAGCUCCUUUGCUUUAUUUGCUCCAUAUGGUGUUUGACAUGGUACCCAGAGCAGGGGGGGGGGGGUGGAAGGAGUGGUGUGGGCGGAGGAAAAGCCUCGUAUUUUGUCCGUCCUGAAAUUUGAUUCACAAGUUCAGGAUCCUGGAAGACAAAAAGCAAACGGGAGAGGGGGAGGGAAGAAAGGCUUUUUUUUUUCUUCUUCUUCUUCUUCUUCUUCUUCCUCUUGUAACUCCACAAAUAGUCCUGCUGGAAAGGUGCCAGGCUGCGUGACUAUGAGCACCUCAGGGCUUCAAGCCAGCGACGGGCAGAACGCGAAGGAACUCGACAGCAUGAAGGAAUCCAUCAGCGACAUCAUCAACCAGCUCCAGGACAUCGACCCCGCCAGACUCUCCUUCUCCCCCUUCCUGGACUUGGACACGCAGAUCUGCAUGGCGCCCGUGUCCGACAGCCCCGAGUCCUCUGUGGAGGAGCUGCACUCGUCUUCCCACUCGGCCUCCGGAUCGCUGCGCUCCCUUGAACCUCCACCGCCAUUGGCUGACGAGCCAAAGAGCUCCUGCCUCCGGCGUCCCGACGAUGGCGUCCACUUGUCGCAAAGUGGCGACACAGACGAAGCAGCGCCGGAUCAAACUCUUUCCACUCCGAUCACCACAGAGCGAAAUUUGGACGGCGCCACGGAAAACCGCAUCAGCGCUCCAACCCCGGAUUCUCACAGAGACAUCCCCAACGGCACAGACGCACCAAGAUGGAGUCCGGAAUCAAUUAAUCCGGACUCUACUGCCGAUGAGAGUCGACCCCUUAUAGGCUCACCCCCGGAGAGCGUGGAGCUGACAGUGUGGAGCCCAGAAAGGGCGGUAGACACUCAAGAGGGUCCACAUGAGACGCCGCCUGGCGUACCGCGCCGUUGCAAGUGUCGAUGCUGUCACAGCGGUAGAGUCCUCGCCUUCAUUUCGAUGCUGGCGUCUUUUCUGUGUGCGGCCGGGAUUCUCUAUGCACUCUAUUUCUACGUCCACAUCAGACCCCCUGACUGCCCCGACGUGGCCAGCCGGGUCGUCUUCACCCUGUGUUGCUGCGUGGUUGCCGCCCUCCCCGUCUUACUCGCAAUGCUCGCAGGCGCCGCUUGUCGCUUCUGCAGCGCCUCCUUCAGCUGGAAGGAGUCACCUCCCGGGAGACACACGGUUCAGCAGCUGUUCGUCACCGCCUCCUUGGAGCUGCUGUUCCUCUACGUCCUCAACCUCGUCGUCAUGGCGACGUUGCUGCCUCAACACGAGCUCAAGUUGGUGCCAAUCCUGGUCGCCAUGUUCAUCCUGGGAAGGCUCAUUUACUGGGCAAGCCUGAAUGCGUGCAGCUCCUGGCGAGGGUUCGGUUCCGGCCUGACCGUCUUCCCACUCCUGGCCAUGGUGGCCCUCAACUUGUACCUCCUGUACACCCUCAAUUUGAAGCAGCCGCUUUUCGGCUCCCGGGACGUCCUCCUCAACCAGGUCACCCCGUCUCCGUGGACGACGGCAGAGACGUCACAGAGCCCACGGAGUGGCAAACCAGACAUGGCGGCCACAGACUUCCUGGACUCCCUUUGAGGGACGUGUGUGCUCUCGUCUUUCAAAGGAGGAGACGGUUACAAAAAUAAGUCAUUCCUGUGGUCUGCAGUCAGUCCGGAAAAGCUACACACGAUAACCUCUUUGUCCUUGACGACUUGGACUUUUGAAAAUUGUUUAUUAUCUGAAACUGGAGAGCUCUUUGCCUGCUUAUGGUGGUGGAUAUGGUGGGGAAGGGGGGGUAGAAAAUUUUAAAAAAGUAGAAAAUGUUUGUUCUUAUGAAAACGGAAUAAAACCCGCUUGUGGAGAAAAAAAAAAAGCUGGCUGCUUUGGCGUAGACUCAGGAGCUAUUCUUGGAGAAACGUGUUUGUGUGUGUGCAGCUUCG